AUGUACUUCCUGCGGCAGCUCAGGAAAGCCAAGCUGCAGUUCUACACGGCCAUCAUCGAGUCCAUCCUCACCUCCUCCAUCACCUCCUCCAUCACCUCCACCAUCACCUCCUCCAUCACCUCCUCCAUCACCUCCUCCAUCACCUCCUCAUCACCUCCUCCAUCCCCUCCUCCAUCACCUCCUCCAUCCCCUCCUCCAUCACCUCCUCACCUCCUCCAUCACCUCCUCCAUCACCUCCUCAUCACCUCCUCAUCACCUCCUCCAUCACCUCCUCAUCACCUCCUCAUCACCUCCAUCACCUCCUCAUCACCUCCUCCAUCACCUCCUCAUUCACCUCCUCCAUCACCUCCUCCAUCACCUCCUCCUUCACCUCCUCAUCACCUCCUCCAUCACCUCCUCCUUCACCUCCUCAUCACCUCCUCCUUCACCUCCUCCAUCACCUCCUCUAUCACCUCCUCCAUCACCGUGUGGUUUGCUGGAGCCACAGUCAGGGACAAACAGAGACUACAGUGCAUUGUGGUCUCUGCAGAGGAAGUGAUCGGCCGCAGCCUUCCAUCGCUGCAGGACCUUGGGCCGCGUCUUGGAGCGCGGCCCACUCCCCUGCGCGAUCCAGGGGCCCACAACUUCAACCCAGGCGCAGGUUGGAGCUCGCUGCCCGAUCCUUUUCCCUAUCGAGCUGAACUCGACUUGCCUGUCCCGCAGCGCUCUCCAACUCCCACCAAAAAGGAGCACCGUGGACCAUCGCGCCUCAAGCCACCUCUGGGCUUCCCGGGACCGACCCCCGCUCCCUGCUCCCGUGUGUGGGAAAGACUGGAGUGUGUGCGGCCGCUCUCCGUGCGUGAGGAAGUCUGA